AUGCCACCAUCAUUGUUCAAAACAUGCAUUACCCGAAAUAACAAAGCUUUAUCAUACGAUGAAAAAGGUUGUACUGAAAUCCGUGAAAGUUCUACGGCUCUUCGUAUACAACAAGGAGUAGGCUCCAAGUAUUCACUGUGUUCACACGAGCUCGUUGGAGUUUUAUUGGACAUUGGACAUCUAAAGGCGCUAUUUUGCUAUGUAACUGCCUGCAAACCAGAUGAAAAAAAACAUUCAGCUAUGAUAGCAGGGUUAAAGAAAAAUGGGUUUCUGAAGACAGCAGCAGCUGAAAGAUCUAUGCAAGGUGUGGAUCGUAGUUGUUUCGUAGAUGAUGAGCCAUACGAAAAUCGGUCACAAAUAGUUGAAGUCGGUCGCCAUCCUCCCGUUAAAGUUAUGUUCCCUGCUCCUUAUGUGCACGCACUGAUUCUGGAUGCACUAAGCGCUGGUAUCGGGGAGCGUUCACAUGCUUUAGUUGUCGAGCUAGGCAUCGGAUACAUGACGGCUUGUACAGCGCUCAUGACAGGUAGACAAGGUGUCACUGUAUCCGCUCAACCUAAUAGUGACUUAUUUUCAUGGGUUUCAUCGCAUAUCAAAAGCUGGUUAGACAACAGUAGAGCUUAUACACAUGGCUUAUCAUUGGGGAAUCAAAUUAAAUUAACAACCUAUGAUAAUAAAAUCCCAGAGCUUUUAACUGCGAAAUAUGAUGCUAUCUUUGUUCGUGCAGUGCGUGAAAGUGAUGUGAGCAGGUGGCUACCGCGUCUCAAAACAGGAGGUAUCAUGGUUUGCUUGGUAGGAUAUAAUGGAGGGAAACAGGAAUUGUAUCAAUUGCGCCGGUUGUCCGAAACUUCCGUACAAAAGAAGACUUUGAUGAACUUCCAAGAUUUCAAACCAACAGUUGCUCCAUCAAAAGAAGAAUCUGUUGUACAACCGAUCCCACCCGAGUAA